AUGAAAUGGGACAUAAAAGGAAAUGAAGAAGAGGCAGAGCUAUCCCCACCUCCCGACCACCCCCCAGCUAUCCCCACCUCCCGACCACCCCCCAGCUAUCCCCAUCUCCCGACCACCCCCCAGCUAUCCUCACCUCCCGACCACCCCCCAGCUAUCCCCACCUCCCGACCCCCCCCCAGCUAUCCUCACCUCCGGACCACCCCAGCUAUCCUCACCUCCCGACCACCCCCCAGCUAUCUCCACCUCCUGACCACCCCAGCUAUCCUCACCUCCGGACCACCCCAGCUAUCCUCACCUCCGGAACACCCCAGCUAUCCUCACCUCCGGAACACCCCAGCUAUCCCCACCUCCGGAACACCCCAGCUAUCCUCACCUCCGGAACAUCCCAGCUAUCCUCACCUCCUGAUCACCCCCAGCUAUCCUCACCUCCCGUCCACCCCCCAGCUAUCCCCACGUCAUGACCACCCUCCAGCUAUCCUCACCUUCAUGACCACCCCCCAGCUAUCCUCACCUCCUGACCACCCCCAGCUAUCCUCACCUCCGGACCACCCCAGCUAUCCUCACCUCCAGACCACCCCCAGCUAUCCUCACCUCCUGACCACCCCCAGCUAUCCCCACCUCUGGAACACCCCAGCUAUCCCCACCUCCCGACCACCCCCCAGCUAUCCCCACCUCCCGACCACCCCCCAGCUAUCCCCACCUCCCGACCACCCCCCAGCUAUCCUCACCUCCGGACCACCCCAGCUAUCCUCACCUCCCGACCACCCCCCAGCUAUCUCCACCUCCUGA